GCCCGUUCUGGAAUCUCAGAUUAGGAAGGAAAAGAAAAGGAAGUAGUAAGAGAAAGAACCGUUUACAAAAACCUGUUUUGGUGUCAGAGAACCAUGAGCACUGUGGAGGAGGAGCCGGACCACAUGAUACCAUGAAGAGAAGUCUGCAGGUUCUGCCCCACCAGCUGCUGAGUGUUCUGCUGAUUCUGUCUUUGCCAGUUGGGCUGGUGUUCUCCGCAAAGGAGCCUGACCCCAACCAAACCCACAGGGACCUUGUCUCCAUGUCAACAAGAAGCAGAAUCCUCACCACCCUCUCACCGGGGCCCUUGGGCUGGCAUGAGGGUUCCAGCACUGGGGAUCUGCGUAUCCAGUCACUGGCUUCUCUUGAAGCCAUCAGUAGACCCACUACUGUCAGCUCUUCCCAGACAGCAAAGAACAAUGUACCAUCUGCCAAAUUUCAAACAAUUCAGACAACAACAGUAGGGGUGCAUUCUUUUGGUCCCAGGGAUCAGGCAUCACUCAGAAUCUCUCUUUCAGAAGCAGAAGUACCCCAACUGACCACUAGAAGUAUGUUCAAUAGAACAAGCUCUGGGUUUUUCACCACUAAAACCCAAGACCAGAACUUUAGCACUAAUACCAACAAGCCGAGUACAAUCAGAAGACAGAAAGUGAACCAGUCGGAGUUCUCAAGUGUGGUCCAUAUAAAUCAAACCACUGCUACUGGGUCGUAUAGUAGAAACCAAGUCACAAAUUCUGGCUCAGAUCAUUCUUUUCUCUCAGGGACUAAAAGUGACAUGGCCAUUAAUGGCAAGGGCCUUUUGGGGACCACAUACACUGGAGAAAUGGGAGUGAAGGAGCCCACUGAUCCCAUUCAACAUUUACCAUCAUCUUCAUUUACUUCAACCUUCAAAACCCACAAAGGGCAGAACACGUAUAAGGAGGCUUCACAACACACCAUUACACUGCGUGACGUGUCUUCAACAGAGAAUCUAACAUUGGGAAAAGGGAUACAUCCUUUUGCACAAACUGGCAUCCAGUCUCCUCCCCCAUCACCUUACAACCAUGUUAUAAUAUCUGAUCCCACUCCUUCAGCGAAGAGCACAAACUUUGUGGAAGUCCAAGAUGGCAGGAAUGGAACCACCAAUAUGACCACUGAUUCUCUUUUCUCUUUAAAAGAUGCCACCGAUGUUAUCAACAGCACGGAUGCCUCAUGGCCUGCAGUUAAUGAUUUAGACAUCUCAGAAGCACCAUCCACAGCUAGCGGGAGCUACAUGAACAGGCAGGUUCCAGCCACCACACAAGGCCCAUGGGGAUCUGGGAACCAGUCGGCUCCUGCGCUGGGUCCUUCUCAUGAAAAAAACACCAUCUGCCUUGACAAAAUGAACAUUGUGUGGUUGGUUCUUGCCAUUAGCGUGCCUGUCUCCUCAUGCUCCGUACUGCUUACCGUAUGCUGUAUGAGGAAAAAGAAGAAGUCUGCUACUCAGGAGAACAACAUGAGCUACUGGAAUGACGCCAUCACCAUGGAUUACUUCACUCGCCAUGCUGUGGAGCUCCCAUGCGAGAUACAAUCACUGGAGACUGAGGAACAAGAGACGUGUCUGCCCCCUAACGGUGACUACAGCGACAGCGGCGUGGUUCUGGUUAACCCCUUUUGCCAAGAGACUCUCUUUAUCAACAGAGACAAGGCUUCUGAUAUCUAAAAACAUUCUAUUAAAAGGAGACAAAAUCCUUGAGGAUUUCCCAGUCCCUUUUAUUUGCUUGCAUUUUUUUAAGAAUAUACAAAUAUAAAUAAAUAUAUAUACACACAGUAUAUGUGGUGAACCUUCAGAGACUCUGGUUUAUAAAUGAAACUGGUUUCAAGGAUCUGAAAGAAUAUUAUAAAAAAAGAACACAAAUUAAAAAUGAGGGGGAGCCCCUGCAUAUUUUUCUGAUGUGGAUUUUCUACAGACGCUUCAUUGUGAUAAGGGUUUUUAUGUCUUUUUUGAAUAAAAACAAUAAGUGUGUUUGCUCUUAUGUCCUAGUGGCUUUGGUGGAGCAGAGUGCUGAGAAACAUGAUGCGUGGUGUAAGGAUGCUUGUGUGACGUUACCCAAAACACUUAAUAUGAUUACUUAAACAAGCCUGCCGCACUUGAAUUCUGUAUGUAAGGGGAUGGAGGGGUAAAGAGCAUUGAUUCUGAAAUGUUUCUAAAAUGGGUCCAGUGGGUACUGCAGCAACCCUCGCUUCUCUAUUGGAGGAACUUGAGUUGAUUGCCUGUUUGCAUUUUAUGGAGGACGAAUCAAGAUUUUCUGAGAUAGUUUGUCCCCAGCUGAGUCACCAGCCAAAAGACAAAAUUACAAUUGUCCCAUUCCUUAGAUGUUCAAAAUGUUUUUGUGUGCGUAUAUGUCUUGUUGCAUGCAUCUUUUCUGAUUUGAGGUGUAUGUGUGUCUUUAGACUAGAUGUCAAACAGGAUUUCGUUUCUAUCAAGAUUUUGUUGUUUCAAACACCCUAAAACUCCAUUCACAUUCACACAGUUGCACAAGCAAGUAGAAAGAAAUAUGCUUAAAUUAAAAUGAAAUGCCUCAUACAAAGCCCUUGCUAUGGUAAUGUUACUGUGCUCCACAUUUCACAUUAUAUCUGUUCAUGUUGUACUUGUUUGUGUUCAACUUCUAUUAGCAGGGCUAAGCAUUAUACUAUAUAACUGAAGUUUUUUU